AUGGACCAAAACAAUACGCCAAUGAUUCAUUACCUCCUGAUUUUUCUGGGAGUCGAGCCCCGCACUGUCAGACUGAUGCGUGAUGUUUUUGGUGUUGUGGACAUCAAUCACCUUGGCCUUUUCCUAUGCGAGUUUUUUAAUGAAUCACCUCAUGGUAUCAAUGCAUCCAACUAUGAGGUGUCAGUCGACGCCAUCUUUGAAGGUGACUACUGGCUGGUAAAGAAACUUGUCUAUUUCUUUUUGCACUUCACUGCGUUCGCAGCAACGUUGGAGGCGCUCAAUUGCAGUCGCGGCGAAAGAGCUCUCUCUUUCUACCUUGGUAAUUGCAUGGCUCCCGAGUCAAUGGCGACACUAAUGCUUUUCAGCUAUACAUGGAGUCCUUCACUGACCAAAACCCACUCCCUGAUGAUUACCAGAAUCACGAGGUGA